GGUGACAUCUUUUUGUUUGAUACAUCGAUAUGCUAUGGAUCAUAUAGUAUAUUCCAAUUUAAUAAUGUAUUCAAAUCUAAAGAAGCUAGGUUAGAAUAAAUAUAUUAUAUAUGUUUAAAGUCAACACAAAUUCUAUUUUAAGACCUUACUAUUGAGUUUUUUAUUGGGCAUUGGUUUACGCAAGUUCCAUUAGGCAACAUAUUUUAUCUAAGUGAACACCUACUGA